CGCGGUACCGAAGCGGCUUCCUUUUCCAACUGGUCUCAGUCAUUCACAAUGUCUCUGUGCGAAUGGUACGCGAAUCGCACGGUGCUCCUCACGGGAGUCACCAGCGAAUUGGGACGUGUUCUGCUAGAGAAGAUCCUGCGAUGCUUGCCGAACGUCACGGUGUGCGUCGUUCUCAGAUCCCAGAAUGGUCUCAGCAUCGAGGACCGCUUGAAGAAGAUAUUCGCGUCACCCGGGUACGAACGACUGAGGCAGGAGAUGCCGGGCGCGAUCUCUCGCGUGAAAACGUUCGAAGGCAAUCUGCUUUACGAGGAACUUGGCCUAAGCGACAAGGACAGAGCCUCGUUGAAGGAGGUUAGCGUGGCCUUUCAUGCCGCUGGACCGUACGAAUACUUCAUGGAAUAUUGUGAGGAAUUACCGAAACUCAAGAGUGUCUCGAUAGCGUCCAGUAUUUUCAAGCAUCGCGGCGUGAUAUCCGAGACCGUCCAACAGAACGAGAAGAUUCUUGAGUUACCAAUUGCCUUAGUGCGCUUUCCUUUUCUCGGACCGGCUCAUAAAGAACCUAAACCUGGCUUUGUCGAGAUUUUUCAAGGGUCUACUGCCUUUAUGGUUGGCGCAGGUUUUGCAUACGGCAACUCGGAGUUUCAAGCUGAGAUUAUUCCGAUGGACAUAGCGGUGAACACGAUGAUCGCCGCCGCAUGGGAAGUCGGCAUAUCCAACAUUUCGAAGCCGGUGGUUUAUAACGCGUUGACGUUGGGCUGCACGUGGGAGGAUCUGAUUAAGAAAAACCGACGGGCCAACUGGAGUUUUCCCUACCCGACUUUUGGAAUUCGCGGAAUGACAUCCAUCGGGUCGCUGUACUGGAUUUUGGUGCUGUUCCUCGAAUGGUUACCAUCCGUACUCUGCGACCUGGUGCUCGGUCUGUGUGGCAGAAAACAGAGGAUUCUCGCAGAGCACGAGAGAGUUCGUAAUGCACUUCGAUCCCUGGAGCCAAUUUCAUCGAGACCGUGGUCAGUGGAGAGAAAUCGCGUGUACCUGCUACAGCAACAUCUCGCGGCGGCAGAUCGAGAUGUAUUUCCGGUCAUUGCGGAAGUCGACAUCGAAGCUUAUCUCCUCUGCGUUGCAGCUGCCACCCAGAAAUCCUGCGUGAGCGAGGAUAAUCUCAAAAUUAUUAGGAUUAUUCAUCAGUUUUUGUUAUAUACGCCCGUAAUAUUUGUUGUUGCAUACAUUGCGUCACAUACAUUGCUGUCACGUGACUGAAAUUUAAAUA